GUGCAGCUGGCAGCACCGUACACAGCAAACGCAAAAGUCGUCGUCCGUCGACUGCAAAAUCAAAAAAACAAACUUGUCUUUCACUAUCCAUUUAUAAUCAAUUUUAAUGUUGUUUACGUUGUUCUGAACCAAGCGAGAUUUAGGAUUUUACUUUCAAUCAAAACUCUUGAAAUCUGUUAAGAUCACAUUUGUUUUCCAUAAUCCCAUCAACAUGUCACCUCCUAUGGAAAGAAUACAAACUUUGGAGACCAUUGAAAAAGACAUCAUCACUUGCUUGCACAAUGCAGGUCAAGUAUUUAAUGAAUUGAGCAAAGAAAAACCAAAUUCAAAACAAGCUGAGACAGGAACUCAUCAGUUCAUAAAAACUUUGGGAGUAGUUGAAUCAAAAUUAAGUGAACAAAUUAAUUACCUUACUCAGGUUUCCACAGGUCAACCUCAUGAGGGUUCUGGUUAUGAAAGUCAAAAAGUUUUACAAAUGGCUUGGCACAGAUUACAACAUGUUCGCAGUAGAAUCGAUGAAUUGGAUCGUUUAAGACAUAAAAAUAUACUUGCAAGAAAUGCAAAUGCAUUUGGUCGACCACAACAAAUUGCUAAUCAACAACAACCUCCACAGCAACAACAACAGCCUCAGCAACAGCAAAUGCCUUCUGUAGAUGUAACUGCUCAACAACCAUUGCCAAAUGUUUCAUCUUCCUAGUUAAUGCUUUUGCAGCCAGCGACAGACGAGACUUUCGCUCUUCCUCCAGCUGCUUACACAACUGCGCAACCUGAGUCUGGAUAUCCAUCAUUUGCCCCUUCAGGAUUUUAACAGUUUCCGAGAGGUACCUGAUGAAAAAAACGACAUUUCAAUAAUGCGAUGUAUAUGUCAACUAUAUUUUACGUACUAUUAUCAUAUUUUCUUUAGUGUUUUUAAAAAUGUUUUUGUAAAUUAAUACUUAUUUUCAAAACUUGCAACUAAAUAAUUUCAUGUAAAUAUUCCAUCAUAGGAUUAGAGUUAACUUUAAAUAAUAAAAAUGUUUGCAUUCAAGCAAAUAUUAUAGGCUGCAAUGAAA